UGGCGAUUGCUGAUAACUGCUAUAGGACUUGCGCUGAUUCUCGUCUGUUCACUUCCAGGUGGUGGGCUCGCGGAAAGGAGAACUGCAAAGAGACAGGCGUGCUGUCGUUGGGCUACAGCGUCCUGGUCCGGGAUCGUGGCAAGAAAGAGGAGUCCGUCAAGGAGGCCAAGGCGUUGCCAGCAUCUGGAUGAGCGUUGACCAAAACAACAACAUCAUCGACCGUGUAUUCCGCAAAGAAGUCGUGAUGGAUGAGUACGCCUGGCGAGAUCCCAAACUGUGGGCCGGCGAUGUCCGCCAGCCCACAGGACGAUAUCCCUAUGAAUUGAGUUGUCCUAACUCUCUGCUGAACAUUCCGGGACUCAACGCCGUUCCUGUGCUGAGAGAAGGACUGCAUGCGGGACUACUCCUGCCUGCGGUGUUCGCCUACCGCAUCUACACGGAAUUUUCUCCCCAUGGAGAUUUGGGGGAUCUGAUCGAACACUACGCCCACGUGCUGGACAAACCCAUCCCGGAACCGAUGAUAUGGAACGUUGCGGAGUCGCUAGCCCUGUGCGGCUUCGCCAUGGAACACGGCCAUAUCAAUAACCGGCCAGGCAAGAUCGACAUGGCACCGAAUUGGCGUUCAAUUGUCCAUCGCGACCUCAAGCCUUUGAAUGUGCUAUUGAAUUCACCCGAUCCAACGCUAUAUCCGCAAUACCCCCACGCUGUCGUAACCGACUUUGGGCUCGCGUUCACAACCGCCGGAGGAGAUCCUACCAAUCCACAGUGGUGGAACAACGAUGAGGGAACUCCCAGCUUUCGAGCACCCGAGCAACGACGAUUUCUUGACAUGGACACUCUCGAACCAAUCGACGGCGAUUGGAGGCUGGGGCCGUGGACCAAUGUAUACGGCAUCGGGCUUAUUCUGUACUGCUUGAUCACGCUACGCCAGAGCCCUCCCGGAACCUUGUAUCUAGGAGACGGCGAGGACGACGAACGACUCAAACCUCCAGAGGACAGCUCGCCUUCGGACACGUACAGCCCCGAAUUGAGGGAGCUAGUUUGGCAAUGCUUACAAUUCGACGAUACCGAACGGAUCGAAUUCCAGGACAUGCUGCGUGAGAUCCGCCUUCACACCAAUAUCGCAGCUACCCCCGAACACUAUAUGCGAAAUGGUACGGCUAAUCCCGUGAUCCUUGCUAAUUUCAGCCUCCAACUUGCGGCAGAGCAAUACCGAGUGGGUAUGGCACUGCCUCCAGCUCCAGCAUAGACGUGGACUGCCCGGGAGAAGACACAAGGGCCGCUUGUACAGACUACCUUCCCGAUCUACACACCAAUCCACUUCCUCGGCAAGAACUCCCACACCGUCCCA